UCAAUGUAAAGGGAAAAAAAGAAAAUAAUGAUAUUCAUGAUAUAGUACAACAUUCAGCUAUGAAUAUUUUCCUUUCCAAAUAAUGUAAAUAUUGAAUAGAGCUCCAACCCCAAUUCACAAUAUUACUGUAUUAACAGUAUGGGAAAAGAGAAACAGUGGAGACAGAGGUGUGAGAGCUAAAUAUCUGUCCUUAUCUUUUUCUAAGCAGAAGCUAAUAGAUAAUAUCUACAAUCACUGAAGCAACAGUGUUACACACUUACUCUUUAGAAUUUUGGAAUUAAGUAAGUGCCAGAAGAAACAGCAAAUUCAAUCUAAAUCGGCACCCUUCCAGAAGAAAGGAAGGAGGCCUGAGGGUGUGUGGAUGGGGAACUCUUUAUGCUGUUACAGUCCCCUAGCUCCAUUUGACUUUCCAAACUAUGUGCGGGUAUUAUUUUGAGAAGAAUUAUGUUUUUAAAUCCAAGUUUUAUCAGGUCUUAGUAAAGUUCUAUGAAAUGUCAUUUUGCUGGUGGAAUCUUGUUUUGUUAUAUAAGAGCAUUUCAAGAAAUUUGAGACAAAUUAUAGAAUUAUCUUGAGAAAUAUUAAAAUGAUAUUGGCUAGGAGAAUCAUUGAAUUAUGGGUAUUGCUCAGAGAAAGCUCCCUGGAAGAAGUGGCUCAUAGGCAGGAAUGAUGUAUGUUACACAGAAAAAGGCCACAGGCAAAACCUUUUGAGGAAAGAAUGUGAAAAUUAAACCAGGGGUUUGAUUUCCCAAGGCUAUCACUCUGCCUCUUAAAUGUUCCACCAAGAAUGGCUAUUCUUACAUCUCCCCAGAGUUCCCUUGAGCUCUUCUGGAUGAUACUGGCAGAGGUAUGAAAGGCAUUUUUUUCUUAGGUUGAUGGAUUUAUAAUCAAGGUAGAAAUACUUGCUCAAAAUUAUCUGAAAUGCAUCACAUAUCCAUUCAUUCAUCAACUCAAAACAUAUUUACUGAUACCUGCUAUGUGUCAGAUCCAGUGCCAGGCAGUGGGGAUGUAAUAAAAAUGACAAAGAUCUCUGGCCAAAGGACAACAGCUUAGGAAAUGAGAUUCCUACAGCAACUGGCAGGACUGUCUGCUGCACCCACCAAACCAUCCCAUCCUGUGCAUCUUAGACUGUCAACUGCUUCCUCAGCCUCGGAAUGUGAACCCCAGCAGACGCCCAGGCCAGGAAGCACAGGAAGCGUACUUUAACCGUGAUUAAUGUGGAGGGUGCAUAAAAGACAAAUUGAUGCUUCCAACAGGAAAACUAAGAUGUGUUUGUGAGGACGUAUAGCUAAAAUAAAAAAGAUAGCAUUUAAUCUAAACCAUUUCCUGUCACUUGGAAUUCUUUUUUAAAAAUUGGCCGCCUUAUCAUUUUCUUAGUCACCUUUUCUCUAGGCUUAUUGGAGGCGUAGUCCCUCCUAGCAACCUCCCAUCUGCUAGAAAAGAGAAUCAAGAGAAUGAAAAGCAAUGAUGACACAUCCAUCACUGGGUGAAAAUAUUAGGAGAAAAGCAAUAAAUGUACUACUAUUUGCAUAAAACCUAUUAAUGCCUUCUUCAGACUAAUAAAAUGAAAUUUACAUCACCGAGAGCAGCUGUGAUCCACUGUUUCUAGUAAUCAGGGGUAUUUGAAACAGUCUGCAGACCAUUGCUACUCGUAAUUGCCAAGCAACAACCUUGACUUUAGUUCUCUCCAAGUAAAAUACUCUCAUUAUUGGCCAGAAAGAGAUUCAUCUACUGGGCUCCUCUUUGCUCAAAAGACUGUGUUCUUGUGUUCUUGUUUUUCUCACGCUGGUGAAGAUCCAUGACAUUUCAAAUCUUUUUUUUUUUUUUAAUUAAUCAAAACCAGUGCCUUUUCUAUUUUUUCCUAAGGGCAAUCUGAAACCAUUUUGAGAGGUAAAAUCUCAGUCAGGACCUUCCCCUCCGGUGUUCCGGUCCCAGGUUAACUCGAGCCUUUACAAUGGCCAGGCAAAAUGACCCUCUGUCCAGCUUUGCUCCACAUGUAAACAGAGAAAGGGAGAGGUUCCUAGAGCCUAGUGGUUCGCUGCGAGGGCAGCGAGGGAGCCGCCGCAGAGACUGGAAGGGGAUCCUCCGGAAUUGGGAGGGGAGACACGGAAAGAAAGGUGGAGAAGAGAAAUCAUGUGUGUCCCUCUAGUGUACAACCCUCAUUUGAGUGACAAAUGACGAGGACAACCUAUAAAAAACAAGUAAGCGCUAAAGCUACCCACAUCCAUCUCCCUCUGUGCGUGUGCGUUUUCAACUAACUUUGCGAACUCCUAGACCCGGCGUCGCGCCCCGCGCAACCUCGCCUCCACCUUGGUUUCCCGCGCCCUUCCUGCCCUCUUCGGUACCUCCUUUUCCUCCAGGCGAAGGAUGGAGGAUCCUUUCAGCCCCUCAACUUCCUCGUCGCCGGCGCCCAACCUCUCCGAAACCAUCUCGCUGAGCUGGGGUCUCAACUUGACUUCUGAACAGGGAUCCCCCGUCCCGGGACCACCGCCGCCGCCACCCGGGCCGCCCAGCCGCCGCGUCCGCCUGGUCUUCCUGGGGGUCAUCCUGGUGGUGGCGGUGGCCGGCAACGCCACGGUGCUAUGCCGCCUGUGCGGCGGUGGCGGGCCUUGGGCAGGUCCCAAGCGUCGCAAGAUGGACUUCCUGCUGGUGCAGCUGGCCCUGGCCGACCUGUACGCGUGUGGGGGCACUGCGCUGUCGCAGCUGGCCUGGGAACUGUGGGGGCCGCGCCGGGCCGCGGGCGACCUGGCUUGCCGCUUUGUGCAGCUGCUGCGGGCGUCGGGCCGAAGCGCCUCCGCCCACCUCGUGGCGCUCAUCGCGCUAGAGCGCCAGCGCGCCGUGCGCCGUCCACAGGGCCUGCCGCUGCCCGCGCGCGCCCUCACUGCCCUGGGCUGGUUGCUGGCGCUGCUGCUGGCUCUGCCCUCAGCCUUCGUGGUGCGCGGGGGCGCCCCCUCGCCGCCGCCUGCCGAGCCCCCGUCUGCCCGCGCCUGGCCCGGGGAGCGUCGCUGCCAUGACAUCUUCGCGCUGCUGCCGCACUGGCACCUGAUGGUCUACGCGCUCUAUGAGGCCGUCGCGGGCUUCCUGGCGCCGGUCGCUGUCAUGGGCGUCGCUGGCAGCCGCCUGCUCUGUGCCUGGCGGCAGCGUCCGGCCCAAACCCCAUCUUCAGCAGCGCCUAGAUCCGCCAGUCCUGGCCGAACCCCCACGCCCAACGCUCUGCCCCGCGCCAAGGUCCAGAGCCUAAAGAUGAGCUUGGUGCUGACGCUGCUGUUCAUGGGGUGCGAGCUGCCCUACUUCGCCGCCUGGCUGGCGGCCACGUGGUCGUCUAGACCCGUGGGAGACUGGGAGGCCGAGGACCUAGCGGUGGCGCUGCGCCUUGUGGCGGUGGCCCACAGCGCUCUUGAUCCCUUCGUCUACCUGUUCUUUCAGGCGGGCGACUGCCAGCUCCGGCGGCGGCUGCGGAGGCGCCUGGCCGCAGUGUGCUGCCCGUGGGAGGGAACCGCGGAGGACGACGAGGGGGCCCUGGGCCACCAGGCACUCCACCGCCACCGCUGGCCUCACCCGCAUUAUCACCACGCUCGGCGGGAGCAGCCGGAGGAGGGCUACCUGCGCCCACCCCCUCCGCGGCCCCGGCCGCUGCCCUGUUCCUGCGAAAGCAUCUUCUAGGUGUUGGAUGAUCAGACAAGUCAUCUGUCCCUGCAGCACCGCCUCCACGGAACACCGAGGCUGGCCUGGGUCUGUCUAGAUCACAAGGGGCAAGCGAGUCUCCAAGAGCUUUACGCUGAAGCUGUCCUCGUCCUCCACGCCCCUAUUAUAUUUCUUUCUAAUGUUUUUAUUUUUUCUACACUCUUCCAGGUUUUCUCCUUUCUAGUUCCUCUCAUAUUUCCCCCAUUUGGAGAGUGAGCCAUUAGGAAGUUGUAAAAGCAAAGUUACAGAAUUAUCUCUGCAGUUCUUUUUCACUCCCAAAGUGUUCUGGAUAAGAUCAUUUGUUUUAGCUAAAUUGGCAAGCUUUCAUUAUUUGCUUUGUUAUCAUCUGUUUUUACUUAUUUCGGAUCGUGUUUAAGUCAAGGAUACCUUUGGGAACCAGAGAAUUUGCCUUUCAGAGAGGACUAUCCUCACACUGCUCUCCCUGAGGAGCCUAGAAAUCGUACCAGUGAUACUGUCAGAAAUGUAAUCUUGCUGUCACUUCAGAGCCACAUAGUGUUUGUAAAAUAAAAACAUUUCCUACAGAGCAA